AUGGUCCGUUGCCGAAUUCCCUUCCUGGAAAAGCGAGCCGAUCCUCCGCUCACCUUCCGUCUAAUAUCCCCCGUCCUAUCCGAUCUUUAUCCGUACUCCAACCUCCGCGAGUGGCGGCGCCAGCUGGGGUCCCUGGCCGCGGCCGAGGUCGACAUCGUCGCCGUCAUGUUCUCUGUCGUCCUAUCCAAUCUCCGCCCGUACUCUAGCCGCCCGCCUCAAUCUCCGCCGCUUUCUUCGAUUUUUAACAAAGAAACCCCUUCCAUCGACGUGCCUUCCUCCCUUUCCUCCGGCUGCCGUGUCGGAGAUGCCCUCCUCCGGGGUGUCGGGCGGCUUCCGUUGAGGAUCCUUCCCCAAAUUUUCCCGGCGUGCUGUUUUCUUGGGAGGGUUGGGGUUUCGUCUUUUGAGCGUUGCGUCGGCCGAUUUUGUCUUUUGGGGUGGAGCGUUCUGCCAUCUACCCCCGUGACCCUCCUGUCUCUGCUGUUAACUUGGGUCGUGGGGUGUGUUCUCGUGUCUGGUCCCGAUUGUUCAGUUGGUUUGGGUGGUUUGUGGUAUGGGUCUCGGUUAUCCGUUGGGACGUGGUUCAGGUCUGUUGGCGUCUGA